AACAGACCUAGUAAAAAUAGAACAAGUGGCACCAUCUCUCCGGCGAACGGGGUGAACUACACGCUUUUGAAACUGUACUUUAAUUAGUUCCCACCUUCCACCGUUAGAUGGCCAAGGAUUUUCAACUCCAUAAAAUGUUAUAUUUUUCAAUUUCAUUCCUAGCACCGUCCGUUAAUUAAAAUGUCAUUCUUUCGAUUACUCUGCUUGUUCCAGAAAGUCGGGAAAGUUAAUAAUUUUAGAGAAAAUCGCGUGUUUUAUUUCAGCUAAUACCAGUAUUCACGGGUAGAUGACCCCGCGUAUACCUAUUAUUUAUUUACUUCGAAGUCAUCAAUAUUUUUUUAUAUUGACCGUGUAGUUUUUGUUUGAAACGCUUAUCUAAUAAAUAAGAUUGACCUCGAUACGUGGUCUUAAUGACAUAUUAUUUAUUAGUUAAGAAGGUGAAAAGUGUCAUGGUAAAGUAAUUGCGUUUCGAGGUUAUAUUUUGAGCAUCGACCAUAACCUAUUCGCAUCGUCGGAGAGGGAAGUAAAAUUGUUGGAAACGUUUAUUGGAUAGUAAACGAAAUGACGGAAUAUUUUAUAGAACCUGCCCUUUUAGUCGGCGAAAUAGAUGAAAAUAUCAAUUUUUCUUUACCGCCGGUUUCUGGAGAGGAAUACAUCAAGAGGGUAGUGAUAGAAGCACAACAAUGCGCCGAUGUUGUGGUAGCCGACAUAGACCAUAAACAACUUAAAAAACCUACGAUCGAUAUCGAACCCUUAUCAGGAUGCGUAGAGGCACCUCCGUGGCUUGGCCCGACGCGCGAUUGGCAAUUGUAUCAGGUAUCAGAAUUCUCCGAUACAAGAUUAUACGUAAGCCAGCUGAAAAAUGGCAUUGAAACGUUUAAAAGCAAACUCGGACGCUGCGAAAUGAACUUGCCGGAUAUAGAGGACGAAAAAGGUUGGAUCAAAUUCUGUUCGGGACAUAACGAAGAGAAAGUAAAAACCGUUCCGACGUUGAGCGUGAUUUUUCAUCUGAAUCAACCGAUGAUAGAGCAAAUAUUAGAGUAUUUGGUACAACAUCUUUCGUCGCAGAAAAAAAUACAAUACGAAUUGGGACAAUGGAUAUACGCAUUGUUAGUCGUAUUAGAAAUGCCGCUAACUCCGGAUAUAUGUUCUUGUUUGCGCUCGUUGGCUAGAACAUGCUCGAUUAUGCGUGCACGAUCGGAAGAAUUGGAAGUACGAGAAAUAGGAGCACUGAAUUUAUUUAUAUGCUUAGUUGCAAGAUAUUUCCGACAGCUGGAUUUGGCCGACCCUUGAGAAUCCAUUUAUUAAAGUGCAAUUACAAUUAUACUUGUACGUUUUAAUAAAAUUAAUCUUUCCAUA